CAGCGCGCGCCUGCGCUGCAUUAAAACGGUGUCCGACUCGUCCUCUGUCCGCACGGAAUCAGAAUCCGAAGAUUCCGCAGAACUGUUCGGGAAUCACAGAGAGAAAAUUAAAGACCCGGAGUCGCGGUUUGGGGAAAUGCAGGUCGCUGAACGCUGCGGUGACAUGGAUGGGAAAGCGCACGCGCCUGGGCCCGGAUCCGUUACAGAAAACGGACACAAGCGCAAAUCACGCAACCGAAGAGGCAGGAGGAGGAGGGGGAAGAGGCGGAGGGGCAAAAAGGCCAACGAGCCGCCGCCGUUUCUGCCCCCUGAGGCCGAGGAGGGAAAUAUUGAGUACAAGCUAAAGCUAGUCAACCCGACGCAGUACCGCUUCGAGCACUUGGCCACGCAGUUGAAGUGGCGGCUGCAGGAGGGCCGAGGGGAGGCCGUCUACCAGAUCGGUGUCGAGGACAACGGCUUGCUGGUGGGACUUACUGAUAAUGACAUGAAGGCCUCCAUAAACACUCUACGCAGGAUGGCUGAGAAGGUGGGUGCGGAUAUCACACUCUUGAGAGAGCGGGAAGUUGAUUACGAGCUGGACAAACCCCGGAAAAUCGCAGAGGUCCUCGUGAGGAAAGUUCCAGAUAACCAGCAGUUUCUGGACCUGCGUGUGGCCGUGCUGGGGAACGUUGACGCAGGGAAGUCUACUCUCCUGGGAGUCCUGACGCAGGGUGAGCUCGAUAACGGACGAGGCCGAGCUCGUCUCAACCUGUUCCGGCACCUGCACGAAAUCCAGACAGGCCGCACCUCCAGCAUCAGCUUCGAAAUUCUUGGGUUUAACAGCAAAGGAGAGGUGGUGAAUUACAGCGAGUCACGCACGGCAGAGGAGAUCUGUGAGAGCUCAUCUAAGAUGAUCACCUUCAUCGAUCUGGCUGGCCACCACAAGUACCUGAAGACUACCAUCUUUGGCCUGACCAGCUACUGCCCUGAUUUCGCCAUGCUGGUGGUGGGGGCAAACACGGGCAUCGCGGGCACCACUCGGGAGCACCUGGGUCUGGCUCUGGCGCUGAAGGUGCCCGUGUUCGUGGUGGUCAGUAAGGUGGACGUGUGUGUGGGCGCCGCCGUGCAGAAGACCGUGCGUCAGUUAGAGAGGCUGCUCAAGCUGCCCGGCUGUAACAAGGUUCCCAUGCUGAUCUCCAACCGCGAUGAUGCCGUUACCGCCGCCCAGCGCUUCGCACAGUCCUCCAGCAUCACUCCGAUCUUCACGCUGUCGAGUGUUUCUGGGGAGAAUCUGGACCUGCUGAAGGUUUUCUUUAACAUUCUGCCUCCUCUGAGCAACAGCAAAGAGCAGGAGGAGCUCAUGCAGCAGCUUACAGAGUUCCAGGUUGAUGAGAUCUACAGCGUGCCUGAUGUAGGGACAGUCGUCGGAGGAACGCUCUACAGUGGUGUGUGUCGUGAGGGGGACCGCCUGGUGGUGGGGCCCACAGACGAGGGGAAGUUUUUGCGGUUAAAGGUGUGCAGCAUGCAGAGGAACCGCUCGGCCUGCAGGGUUCUCCGAGCCGGACAGGCGGCGACGCUGGCGCUCGGCAACUUCGACCGCUCGCUACUGCGCAAAGGCAUGGUGAUGGUGAGUCCUAAGAUGAACCCCACCAUCUGCUGGCAGUUUGAGGCGGCCAUCGUGCUACUGUUCCACGCCAAGACUUUCCGCAGCGGCUUCCAGGUCACGGUGCACGUCGGAAAUGUCCGUCAGACGGCCACGGUGGAGUGCUUACUUGGCAAGGAGGAGCUGCGCACCGGCGAGAGGGCAGUAGUGUGCUUCCGCUUUCUGAAACACCCUGAGUACCUGCGCAUCGGCGCAAAGCUGCUCUUCCGUGAAGGCGUGACAAAGGGCAUCGGUCAUGUGACCCAUCUGGUACCGUCUGGUCAGAACAGCGCACAUGACCAGAAUUACAAACCACGCCAGAACCACGUCUAGAGAGAGAGAACGAGAAAAAUAUAGAGAUAGACAGUGUGUCGAUAUAAACAUUAUUUUAUUUCAGCCAAUAGGAGACGGUUUGGGCGGGGUUUCCCAUUCAGGUAAAAAAACAAGUUAGUAUUUAACUACAAACAUGUUUAGAAUAAAUGCUAAAACUUCCUAGCGAACUCUCACCCUGGACAGCUCACUUUUGAUUGGCUGACAGGUGCCUGUGAUCUCAUUAUAUCGGAACGCCUCUAGCAACUAAACGUUUGUCCUUGACACGCUAUCAUAAUGUUGAGACGUACCCACGACAAUGAGCUUCAGGCCUAUGUGUGUGCGUGUGUAUAUAUAUAUAUAUAUAUAUAUAUACACACACACACUCUUCAUUCAUGCCUUUGCUGUUGCUCAGCUGAACAAAAAUAUACACUUGUGUCUUAUAGGCUGCUGAGAUAAUAACCCGUAACCAUAGCAACAACGCGUAACAGUGGUACUGUAUGUAGCGAUGUGGACCAGUUCGUUCCAACGCUAAUGCGUUACUUGUCAUAUUGUUUACUGUAUAAGAAGGGGAAAAAAAUAAGAGUAAGGAGACGUGUGGUUUGGGACACGUCAGGUACGUAUUCGUGACAGUAAUUGUCUGGCCUGUAGGGUGAAAUAGCGUGUGUUGUUUGGGACACGUCCACAGUGGCCUAGUUCUCCAGUCUGGUGUCUACUAGCCCUAGUUCUGAUUCUCGUCUAUGGCAUAUUUAACAUGUCCUUAAAUAGUGAAUAAAGUGCACUGGCAUCAAUGUGGCAUAAAUAGGGCGGCCGAGAUAAUGUACCACAUUGGUGUUUAUUUGCCCCAUAUAGUGAAUUAGGGCAUGUAGAUUGGGACAUUGGCACAUUAUGAUGAUGAUGAUGAUGAUGAUGGUAAAAUCUUCAUAACAGUACUUCCUUUAUAGUGUUAUGGUGUGUGAUUUGGGACAUGACCACAGUAGGGUGAUAGUUAGAUGUAAUAUUCUAAAUAGUCUGUGUGUGUGUGUUGUUUGGGACAUGACCGCUGUGGCAUGAAUCUCUGUGAAUUAAGGUGGACAUUAUGAGACUCAAGAUUAGAUCGUUGGCAUGUUAUUAUACAAGCACUUUUUCCAUUAUAUAAAACUGUAAUGGUGUGUGACACAGUGUCAGCAGAUAGCAGCCUAGAAAUCCCAAUCGAACGUCACAGAGAUUUACUUGUGGUUGAAUUUCGUACACACACACACACACACACACACACACACACACUACAUGUGAAUAUUUAUAAUUUUAUUCCUCUUAUUAUUUUUAUCACUACACAGCAGUGAGCGAUUAGCAGGUCUAAUAAAGCUGGCUGAUGGAGUUACAGCAGAGUUACGCAAUCGAAACGUCUUCCUCAGAACGAGGAAGGAAAGUCUGGACAAAAGUUGACGAAAGAAAAACACCUGUUAAAGGAUAGAAUUCAAUAUACGGUUUUCUGCACAGUGAUUUUGCACAUUUCAUUUUCCUGAAAAAAAAAGCAUGUGCCAUUUGUAGUAAAUAGGAAAAUAAAAUUUCAUGUGUAUUUUAUGGUUAUUACUGAAAUGGGGAAGCAAUUGUUUCCGUAGCACUAGGACUAACGCAUCUGAGUUAAGUUCUUGAACUUGCGUUUUAGUUAUUAAUUCUGAUGCCAGAGACUGAAUAGUAAAAAAUUAACUUUGAAGAUGGUUCAUCAUUUAUUUUAUUUUAUUUAUUUUGUUCGUCUGAUAUGACGUGAAUAAAUGAAUAAAUAAAUAACAAAAUAUUUUGCACUUUAUAGCUCUUAUUUUGCAUUUAGCACUUAUUUUUUAUUAGGACUAUGUUUUGUUGAUGGAUUUCCCCUCCAAUUAGGAACAUUUUUAUAUUAAAUAUGGGAUGGAAUGUUGGCGUGCGGACUAAAAAACAUUAUUAGCUUGUUUUGUGCCAAGUAAAGACUGUGAAGGCUGCUUUCACGCUCGACGUGCUACACUUGACCCUACAGGGUUGCAGAAAAGCGCGGAGUGAAGUCAAGCGCCAUUUUGUUUCUUGAUCGAUCAGAACGUACAGUAGCUCCGUGGACAUGCGAGAAAAACACGGACCUUGUUAGUAACUGUAAUAACUGUUUUUUUUUUGUUUGUUUUUUUCCAAUAUAAGUACAUUAAGUGUUAAAGCAUCUUACAUUAUGGACAUCCUGAACCGCAAGUUGUAAAGGAAAAUGCCGUUAUUUUAAUUAAUAUCUCAUUAUUUGGAGAUAAUAGUUAUUCUGAGCUAUCUUAAUUCAUGUUUUAAAGUAGUAAAUUACCAAAUACAAUUAAUUAUAAAUAAAUGUAUGUCAGUUGAAUUUCACUAAAACUUGCUUACUUGCUAACAGUUAAUAUCAGCUAAUAUUUAAUAAAUAGUUGUUUUUGGAUAUGGAAUUUAAAAUAUGAAAUAGCAAUAUAAUAAUUUAAAAUCAUUAGAAACGUACUAAAAAUGAUAAAGGUUUUUUUUUCCUCCAACUUGCGCUUCAGAUUAAUUUUUCCAGUUUAAAUAGUUUGUAAUGUAAAGACAGAAUGUUAACAAGUUUAACAAACCGAAACGUGUGUGAAUAUUUUCCUGUCUGUUGUUUGACGUGCAUGUUGUGCGCUCGUGCUGAUUCCUGAAUUCAUCGAGGUUUCGUGCAAUUAACCAGAGGAAAAAAAUAAUAGAAAUCAACAAACUAAAGUGUUGUAUUUAUGGCCAACUUUUCAUUUUGCACCUGAUAUUUUGGAUGCUUAUUACCGUGACGUGUGUAACAUUAAAUUUUUUUCCUAAACAUUUCAUCUGGUGUCCCACGGCACAGUGUUUGGCUGAUACACUGCAUGCUGUGCGGAAGUCUGGGAUGCGCUCAUGACCUGCACUGUACCUUACAUGCAACUCGUUUGUAAGUAAUAAAGAGAUGUUUUAUUGUG